AUGGACGACAGUGUUUUCGAAGAGUGGGACGAGCUCUCGUCCGAUUUCAAAGAGUUGGAGGUCACGAACAAGACGUAUAUGGAAAAGUUGGAAGAGAUCGAUUCGUAUCAGAAGAAAUGUCUCAAACACAUCGAACAUCAGAAGUAUAGGAUUGGGGUUAUUGAGAAGGCACUCAAGGAUCUGAGCAAGCAACCCGAAUACAAGGAGAGAGUGGACGAGUUACAGGAGGGCAUUUUUAAAAGGGUGGCACACUUACAUGAGAUUGAACAAACUCUCCCGAGGAAAAACGGGGUUUAUCUGAAGAUUAUCUUAGGGAAUGUCAACGUCUCGAUUUUGAACAAAGAGGAGAAGUUCAAAUACAAGGACGAAUACGAGAAGUUCAAGCUCGUGUUGAGCAUAAUUGGCUUUGUGAUGUCCCUCUUGAACCUGUCGGUUCGGUUUCGACCGUUAGAACUGAGUUUCAUAUUUUUACUAGUGUGGUACUACUGCACUCUCACAAUCAGGGAAAGCAUUUUGAAAGUGAACGGUUCGAGGAUUAAGGGUUGGUGGCGCUUGCACCACUUCCUCUCGACUGUGGCCGCUGGUAUUUUACUUAUUUGGCCAGACACGCAGACUUGGGCCCAAUUUCGGACACAGUUCAUGUGGUUUAACGCCUACAUCAGUGUUGUCCAGUAUUUGCAGUUCAGGUAUCAAAGGGGCGUCUUGUAUCGCUUGAAAGCCCUCGGGGAGAGACACAACAUGGAUAUCACCAUCGAAGGGUUUCAUUCGUGGAUGUGGCGCGGGUUGAGCUUUUUGCUACCGUUUCUGUUCUUCGGUUAUGUGUUUCAGUUGUAUAAUGCGUACGUUUUGUACUUGUUGAGUUAUUCCCCGACGUCGACUUGGCAUGUGCCGGUGCUGAGUUUGAUGUUUUUGAUUCUGUUUAUUGGUAACACUGCUACCACUAUUAUGGUCAUUCCGGACAAAGUGAAGGAAAAGGUCAAGUUGAGGUAUCACUAUGUGGGGCAGAGGUUGAGCGGUAAUAUUAAAGAAAAUCACGACGGACAUUUGAAAAAACAGGAGUAAAAAUAAAAAUUACACAAAUGUGGUGUAUUUAUCAAUGUUAGUUUAUUUAAAAUUCAUUCUUUUCCUUCAAAUGCGCGUCAUAAGUAGUGCAAGUUGUUCCGACAUACACGUGAACAAUUUUUUUUUUCAACAAUGUGUCCACCCGUUUCAAGCUCGAAUUUUACCAAAACUAAACACAAAACAACAGCAGCGAGACAUCGAACAUCCAGUUUGAGGAAAUAAAACAAAAGUUAAAUGGGUUCAGGGAUGUUUACGCUGAAUUUGAGUAGUUUCAGGAUUUCCCUCUCGGGUGGAAGAAGUUGUUGGUUGGAAAACUUGCCACUGAACAAAGCGAACAAUUUGAAUCUAUUUAUUUUAUUGAUUAUUGAUUAAUUAAUUGUUUAAUUAAUUCUUAAUUUUAGUUAGGUAAAUAAAAUUUGAAUCUCAUU